UUUUUGGGCCUGAAACCCCUGAACCCGCCCCCGCCCCCCUCAAAAUGUUCCUCAUCACUGAUCCCGGUUGCACUUUAUUCCAUAUUAUAUUCCAUAUUAUUAUUUAUACAAAACUAAAUAUUAUAGUAUGUUAAUAUUAUACAAAUGUAACUUAACGCGAUAAGCCUGUGCGGCCCACUGUCUCCCCGUGGUGACCCCUCCUCCAUCUCCAGGUGGUUUGUUCUAUUAUGCUUCAGUUUUACCUCAGGUUUGGAGAAGGCCUCGACAAGGCAUCAAGAGUUGGGGGACAGAAAACAACAACAACAAGAGACAGCGAGUUGAUUCUCGCGCGUCGCGUACAGGCCGAUCUCAUAAUGAGACACCAAAUGAGAUACCCAGACACCUAGUGGCCAAGGAUGUGACGAGUGAUUGUGGCAACUCACACAGCCGCUGGUAGAUGGAUCCUUGAGACAGGGGAAUGUUUGCACCAGAGAGGAUGCCAGUGCACUUUUGGUAUCUGAUGUAGAUCUGAGAUUCACUCGGUAUCAGUACACACUCUCCAGGUUAUCUGCACGUGUUUACAGUACAACUCGUCUGAAACUUCGAUUCAUUCGACGAGUUCAUCCAACAUUUGAUGACUCUGACCUCCAGAACAGAUUCAGAGAACAACAUGCAGGCAGAUCGUGAGAUGAGAAAGAGGAGGGCUAGUGAUGAUGGCAGGAUGCCCGACAAAAGGAUGAGGUGCAGUAACCUCACCAACCCUUCUGAACACAGUGAUGUGUCAGUAAAGGACAGAAUCAGUCAGAGAGGAAAGAGGAAGAUCAGUGUAGAUGCCAGGCCACCUGAAAAGAAGAGAAGGUGUAGCAUCAGAAACAGCUCCAACUCUGACCCCAGUGUAAUAGCUGUGGUGGAGCCCAAAGCAGAGACAAACAAGAGAAAGGCCAACGACGAUAAUGAGGCACCUGAGAAGAAAACCAGUUGUAGUGACAGCGGAGUGUCCUGGUUCCCUCUGCUCAGUGAUACUGAAUCCUCCUCUUCAUCAGCAGCAAAUGUAAAUAAGAGUGGAGGAGACGUCUGCAACAACACAAGCAGUGCCUCGUCCGAGGAGGAGAGGAUCUUUGAGUUGGCCUCCUCACUAAACACAAGCAGAGCUGAUUUCGUGAACAAGUACUGCGAGUUGGAUCCGAUCGGCGAGGGAGGCUUCGGCACAGUGCGCGCUGGCUUCCGUAAAUCAGACCAUCAACCAGUUGCCAUCAAGCACAUUCCCAUGAGCGCUGUGAGAACAGAAAAAGUUAAAUGCAAUGGGAAGGUGUUCAACAUCAUUCUGGAGGUGGCACUCAUGCUGAAAACCGCAGGUCUACCAGGAUCCAUUGGACAAUCCACUGCUGUGUCCCUUCUGGACUGGUACCAUCUGGACCAGGAGUUAAUACUGGUCAUGGAAAGACCAAGAGGCUCCAUGGACCUCUUCAGCUACCUUAAAUUUCGCGGAGGAUACCUGGAUGAACAUGAGGCAAAGAUGAUCCUGAGACAGCUGGUGGACGCAGCCAUCGACAUGCACUCAAAGGGUGUCUUUCACCGGGACAUCAAGUUACAGAACGUCCUGGUGCAGUUGAACGGUGGAGAACCCAAAGUGCGUAUCAUCGACUUCGGCUGUGGCAGCUUCUCCACUGAGGCGUCUUACACUACUUUUUGUGGUACCCGUGCAUACUUCCCUCCCGAGUGGUUUGACGAUCAGAAAUACAGUGCUCGUCCCACCACUGUUUGGCAGCUUGGAGUUCUAUUUUAUUCAUUGCUGUGUGGACAUAGGACCUUUACCACCGUGAGCUUCAUGAACAACCACAUUCAGUUCAACAGAGAUCUGCCCAAGGAGGUCAAGAUCUUGGUGUAUAUGUGUCUGACCAGAGACCCUGAGCUGCGAACCACUCUGGAGGAGCUACAGAUGCACCCUGCGCUCAACUAAGUCUCAUCCAUCCACAACUGCAUCAGUGCAGGACACACAGAAAAAAAGGACAACACAAAGGAAAUUAUUCAUUUCUACGAUACUGACAUUGACUUUUUCCCCAUCUCGAUGUCCUGUGUAACCCCCAGCCGUCCGUGUAGAGGGGAUCUCUCUUUGAAUUGCCUCUUCCGAGGUUUCUUCCCAAUUUCCUGAUGGGCUCAGGAAUUCUGGGGAGUUUUUCCUCGUCCUCUUAGAGAGCUUGGGCUGGGUCAGGAACCAAUUGUCAUGCCUGGUGUUUUGGUUAUGCUUUGUUUUUUGAUUUUUGGUAGUCCACGUGCCACAUUUCAUGUUUGUGUCUCAUGUGUUUUCAUGUUUUAAGUUCAUGCACGCAGAGCAGUUUUAUUUUUCUUUUUAAUGAAAAUGUUUCAAUUUGCCAUGUGCAACCUCAGCUAUCAAAUAAAGUAAGAAGCUUCUCUA